AUGUCACAAAUUUUUGAAAAUGCAAUAUUGGAUUAUUGUCAUACUGAUGUCAUUCAUCAUGUUGAAUUUGAUUAUACAGGUAAUAGAUUAGCUACAGCUUCAAGUGAUAAAAGUGUUAUAAUUUGGAAUAAAAGUAAUAAUGGAAAAUGGUUAAAAAAUGCUGUUAUCAGAUGUCAUUAUGGUGCUGUAUGGAGAGUAAAAUGGGCUAACCCUGAAUUUGGUACAAUUAUUUGUACAUGUAGCUAUGAUGGUACAAUAGCAAUAUAUGAAGAAAUAUGUCAUGAUGAAUAUAAUAUUAAUAUAAGAAGACGUCCAGUUACAUCUGAAUCAUCUGAUCCAUUCUUAGAAUGGAAAUGUCAUAGAACGAUUAUUGAAGAUAAAACAAAUGUAACAGAUAUUAUUUUUGCUCCAAAAUAUUUUGGUUUAAUGAUUAUUAGUUGUAAUUCAAAAGGUUAUAUAAGAAUAUAUGAAGCUUCAAAUAUUAUAUGUUUAGAUGAAUGGACAAAAAUUAGAGAAUUUAAAGUCUUUGAUGGUUUGCGAUGUUCUGCAUUAGCUAUUUCAGAUAACUUAUUUUUUUCACCCCUUCUGGCGGUGGUAUCUGAUGAAGAGUUACCUUUAUAUAUGAAUCAUAAAGAAAAAUUUCAAAGAGUUGUUUUAUAUCAAUAUACAGAUCGAACAAAAUUUUGGUAUGUAAUUGAUAAAUUAUAUUAUGAUAAAAAUAAACCUCAUGAUUGUCCAUUUAAUAUAAUAAAACCAAUAUAUGAUGUUACAUUUAUUCCUUCUAUUGGAAAAUCAUAUCAUCAACUUGCAAUUACAGUUGGUAGUGAAGUUUGGAUAUAUCAUUUGACUGAAAAUUUUAAUAUAAAAGCAGAAAAAAUAAAGAGUGUUGUUUAUGAAGAUAAUACUAAAAAUAACACAUUUGAAGAUGAAUUGUUUUAUUAUAAUAGUUUUAGAGCUCAUGUUCUUCAUACUAAAGAAGGAUCAAUUGUUAAGAGGAUUUCUUUUAAUAUGACAGGAACUUUAUUAACAGUUGUGUGUUAUGAUCAAAAUGUUUUUACAUAUCAAAGUCAGUAUCUCUCACUUGAUGAAUAUAGUCAUAAGGAAAAUGAAACAAUUCACUGCCAAUGGAAAUGUAUUGAAUCAAAAAUAUAUACAUAA